GGGUGCGGCGGGGGCGGGGCGUCGCGCCGUUUAAGUCGCGGCGGGCGUGCCGUGGCGGUUGCGCGGCCGUUGGAGCCGUGAGGAGGAGGAGGAGGCGGCGGGACUCCCCUCCCGGGACCUCUAUCCCCGGGCUUUUCCAGCGGGGCUCCCGCCGGGCACCCUCCUCCGCCCGCCUCCAAGCACCUGCCAGCGUUGUCCGAAGCCGCCGUCCCCCGCCCACGCCAUGAGCGCAGCGGACCGCGCUGCGGAGAGCCCGCGCAGCGCAAGGCUGCCCACGCCCCGCGCCUCCUGCCGCUCUGCCGGGUCGUGGGCCCCGAGCCCGGAGGAGCUCACCCCGCUGCCCUCGGUCAGCGAGCGCCUGGGCCGGCUCCACCCCUCCCACGACCUGCUCGAGUACUACCGCAGGAAGAUCGCCGACUUCGACGAGGAGCACGAGGAGCUGGUAAAGAGGCUCGAGAAAUACAAGCAAACCUACGAUGAGGAGCACCAGCUGCACUGUGAAGUCCGCCACUUGGAGGAGGAGGUUGCGGAGCUGCAGAAGGCUCUGAGUGACAUGCAGGUGUUCCUGUUCCAGGAGAAGGAGCAGAUCCUCCGUCUGUGCUCGGAGAACGACCGGCUCAAACUCAGGGAAUUGGAGGACAGAAAAAAAAUCCAACAGCUCCUGGCUAUGCUGGGAACAAACAAAGGAGAAGUCAUAUAUUUUCAUAAGGAGCCUCCACAUAAGGUUACUGUUCAGCAAAGGCAAGCAGAGACCCAGGAGCAAGAUGAUGCUUCUAGCACAGUAGGUAUGGAGAAGAGCACUUCGAAACCAACAGCGAAAGGAGAGAAACCAGAAACUUCUGAGAGAUAUCAAAAAGAUGAUGAAACACUGCUACUACAGGUGAAGGCGCUGCAGGCUCAGCUGGAGGAGCAGACACGAUUAGCCAAGGAGCAGGUUGAGGCACUGCUGGAGGACAGGAGGCUUCAGAUGGAGGAGGCCGAGGUCCGGCACCGCAGGGAGCAGGACAAGCUGAAAGCUGUGACAGAAAAGCUCCAUAAGACCCAAAAUCUCUUAUACGAGACUACCCGGGACUUUCUCCAGCUCAAGUUUGAUGCCAGAGCCAACGAAAAAGCAUGGAUGGCAGAGAAGGACAGUCUGUUGAGGAAACUUAACAAAGAUCUGGAUCAUCUUGUUUUCAGCACAGAGUCAGGAAAAAUAAAGCACAGAGAGCUGAAGAAGAUGCUUCAAGCAAAUGAUGGAGCUUCAAAACACCACAGCAGAGAAAUAAAGUUACUGCGAGACAAGCUGAUGCAGGAGAAACACCUGUCACACAUGUACAGAGAGCAGUGUGUCUCCCUGGAAGGGGAGGUGGCGAGGAUCUGUGAGGAGAGAGAUGCUGGCAAAGAACUCUUCAAGCCUGUUGAGUUUUCAUCUCCACAGGAACGCUCAGAGAGGAUGGGGAAGCGCCUGAAGCUGAUGACUCAGCGGUGUGAAGCCUUAGAAAAACGCCGGAGUAUGGAAGUGGAGGGCUUCAAGAAUGACAUUAAAAGGCUUCAGCAAAAGGUGAAAGAUGUAGAGAAGCACAUUUAUAAGGUGGCUUUGAAUUUGGGACCAGACCAGGAUAUUGCAGUUCUACAUGAGGUCCGCCAAGGAAACAAACUAACACACAGAAUUCAAGGAGAACUAAAAGACUUAAAAGCAAAAAUCUACAGCUUAGAGGAUGAGCUACGGCACUGCUGAAGCUGAGUUACUAUCUGGCAUCCUAACGUUAGUAAUAGGACACUGCUAGACUUGAAUGAUCAUAUGCAAGAACAGCUCCUGCUUUUGUUUCCUGGCACCCACUGACAAAAGGCUGAGGAAAUCUGCAGUUAAUGUCAUAAGUGUACAUGAGCAUUCCUAAAGUACCACAUUACAUUGCUGUUUAAGCUGAGAGAUGCACCUCAUAAAACUCACUUUAAAAGCACAUGAUGACUGAUAAAUCAGGAGUGUGUGUAUGACUAUCUUCAUAUCUGUGAUAGGGAUCAGUGUGUGCUGUCCUUUGCCUUUAUUUGGAGCAUAUUAUAAAUCACAUACAUGAUUAUAAUGCAAUUAUUAAUCAUAGAAGGAUCUUGUUGAAGAUCUGAAUCUUGGCUGACAUUUUUCUAUGUGAGAAGCAGCUUUUAAAAUAGUGUAUAUGAUUAUUGUUUUGAUGCACCUCAGAAUGUAACUGGACAUUCUCACAUAGAAAGUCAGUACUAAAAUGUCUUACAUUUGACUCUUGGACAGGAUAACUAUUUUAAAAUGGCUCCCGUUUGCUUGGUUUUAACCUAAUUGGAAUAAACCUAACUGAUUUAUUAUGGUGGGAGAAGAUAACCCAUUAUAGAAUUCUUCUGCAAGGAUAAGCAACAUUUACGGGAGUUCUGAAUGCUUAGUGGGGAGGGAGGUACUACACAACUGAAAUUGAUCUUGUCUCUGCUUCCUCAGUUUUAACACACAGGAAUCCCAGAGUAAAGGGGGUCUAGUAUCUUCAGUAACCACGUUAGCUUCUUUGUAGCUCUAAACAGUGUCACGGUUAUGUGCGGAAAAAUCAUGGUCAGCUUUUGCUGCAGCACUUGUUGCUGCUGAACUGUAACAAAGUGGGGUGGAAGAGCAGGAGCCCACUUGGUGCAUGAGAGCUGUAACUGGGCUGUGUAAUGAUUCUCCAGCCAUAUCGUGGUUGUCUUCACACCAGACAUCACAAUUCCAGAUGAAAUCAUGACAAGGGUUACACCGUGGCUUCAGCCCAGUUUAUAAUUGCAGGUAUUCAUGCUUUUACUGUGGCGUCAGCCAAUCUUGUCCACAUUGCAGCCUGAGAGCAGACCUGUAGUGGGGAAGGGAUUUCAAUGCCUCUGUUUCCUACUUUACCUUUUUUUACCUUGUUUUGAAGUAUACACCAUAUAGCACUUACUUUCCCUUUGAGAAAAACCUAGUGUGUGAAAGCAGGCAAUUUCUUUGGGGUGGGGAAGUGGCCGUGCAGAUCAGCAUUUAGUGUUUCAUAGGUACAUAUGGAGAAGAUGGAUGUUAUGUGCUGUGCAGGUUUGGAAAAGGAAGAAUUGUUUUUUUAGCAUCAGCUAAAGCAAUGCAGGAGGGGAAAUGCCCUCAAGACAUCUGUGCCCACUUAGUUGUCUUAACCUUUUUGUGGCAUGCUUGCUGUCCCUUGUGGCCCUGUGCUCUGGCUUUUAUUCUGUACAUCUUCGGGAGGGCAGUUGAUCACAGGCUUCAGUGUGUGCCCAUCCCUGGGUGCUCAACUACACAGCAGCUUGCAAGGGCUGUUUUAAAGCAUGUGGCACUGCUCAGCUGAGCUGAAAAUGCUGAACUGCACAGAAACUGGUUCAUGAACAACUCGGGUGCCGAUGUGAUGGGGACAGGUAAGGAAGGGUAUUUAAUGCUAUCCAUCAUUGAGUCUCACUCUCCCCUAGCUGGAUGACACUUUCUUAGAGAAAUCAAGCUAAUUAAAGUGAGUUCAUACGUGAAAUAACAUACUACUGGCAAGAUAUCAAUCUUAUCCCAGGGCCUAAAAGGCUGCUUCUGAAAAUUGCUACAUAAUGAAGCCUUAGGCACUCAUUCAGCAGGAUCCCCCUACUUAAAUUCAGCUGAAGGGAACUUAGCAAAAAGGUCUGUUGAACCUAUAGAAUUCUGUUUGGUUCCAGCUCUUCCAAGCUAAAGAAUUGCCUGUGAAAUGACAUUUUCCUCACUUGAAAGCCAUUAAGUGUCUCUGGGUAAAGACUUCAAGCUUUGACAUUCAGAUUUGUAAGACUGGGAGGAAGUACUGGGGGAAAAAGGAUGUAAAUGUUUAAUUUCCUGUCUUCUCUUCCUUACUAAUAUUCUUUAGACUUCAGAAAGACUGAACAGAAUAAAAUGACAACAUUCCUAGUAUAUCUGCUAGUGUAUCAAAAUCAAAGUGCAGUUUGGACAUGAUUCUUAAUAUGUCACUAGGCCAUGAACACUUCCUGUCUGAGGGGGUGGGAGGGAAAUUAUGGUAUUGUUACUCUGUAAAUUUAUUUUAUUUGGAAGCUUGAAUAUUUUUCCAAGUGCAGGAAGUGCAAAGUAUUGUACAUGCUCUUUCUGUGUGACAUCACGUGAUCAUGUGAAACGUUGCCAAAACAACUCUUGAUGCCAAGAGCUGCUUUAAAGAGCCCAAUGCCUCUUACCACUGACAACCACCCUUUAAAAUAUUGUCAAAGCAUUAAUGGCAUCUUCUAAAGGGCUUCCUGGGAGAAGUUCCACUACCUUAAUUACUCAAUUUUUCCUACAAUUUUUGGGUAGAAAUCAAAGAAGGGCAUUUACUCCAAAGAUUGAUUAGCUUUUUUGCUAAUUGACGUUAGUAAUGUGUGAGUUGUAUCAUUUCAGUACAGCUAAUGCCAAGUUAUGAGUGAGGAGCAUAGAAUCUGAAAGAUUUGCAAAAUGUCUUCUUCUAAGGCUAGAGAGACUACUACAGGAUUAAAGGUUAGAACUGGACAAAUGUUCUUAUUGUGAGCCAAGGUACUAAAAUAUCUCUUGCAUAACUAGGAGAAAAACAAGGAGCAGGGGAAACCUUAUUGUUGUGUAGCUUCAUUUAAGUAAGGAAGGAGGAGUGCCUGCUUUUCAGAAGGAAUGUUGAAAUAUUGGUUAAGAACCACAGAUGAUUCAGAGGAAGAGAAAAGGUUGUGCAAGAGCUCAUUUUGUGUUGCAUGAAGAAGACUGAUUGAUUAAUAUGUGUCUCUUGAAGACAAAAAAAAAACUACCGAAGGCCUCUCUAUCCUAGCAGGGCAAUGCAGGGCAGCACCAAGUAGCCUGAACUUGAAGUUAAUUAAAAAGGGCAUACAUUUUUAACAAGGAGAUUGUGCUUUUUUCCCUUAUUAUAAUAAAUGAGGUGUGGAGGUAACAAAUUCUCCGUAUCUAUCUUCAAAUCAAAAAAUUAUUUCACCUCUGGAAAAGGCAGCUUGUUUUAAUAAGUUUGACCCAUUAGAGCUUAAUGAAUUAUAAUGACAUGAGCUAACAUGAAAUCAUUUGGUGGUUCCUUCUGGCUUCAAACCUGUGAUGUAUUUAUAUGCAGUAUUUGUUGGAGUUUUUUAGUUUUUAUGCAGUUGCUUUAAUUAUAGGGACAUGCUCUGUCAGUUAACCCUGCACAGCAAGGUUGCACAAGGCAAAAUGAAACCAAACCAAAGUUUUAAAAAAUCCCAAGUGAUCUUCCUCUAUCACAGUCUGCAGUAAUUCCCAAGUGAAUUGGUGCUGUGACUGCGUUCAGGCAGACUAACAGUUCUCACAGGUGUUAGAGUAAGUCUAAACAGUAACACAGUGUAUGCCUGUAUGAGGUGGCUAUAUUUAAAUUGCCUGUGUAAAUAGGAUUGUCCCUUCAGAAACACAUACAUUGUACCACAGUCGGUGGACUCUCCACCCACAUAAGGCUGUGAUAGGCAGCCUUAUAUUCUGGAAUUGAAAUGGUUCUAUGUAGGCCACGAAUUCUUUGAUAGUCAGACAGUAUUUUUGAGUCUAGCUCAAAAUACAAAUACGAAGCUCAGGAUUUACCCUGGUGAAGCACGUUUGAAUGCUCCUGUAUUGAUUCAGAGAUCAAAUUGCUUUUCUUUUACUGUAAACACUUCUCUCGGAAUGGCAUCACUUCUAAACCAUCCAGUACAACAGUUUUUCCUGUUCAGUCCCAGUUCAGAUGCCUGCAGGGAAUGCUGCUUGUCUUUAUGUUCUGGAGUGUCUCUGAUAACAGGACUAUGAUGUGUCUUUGGGACUUCUUGAACAGUAAGGAUGGCUGAGCACAGUCACUUAAAAUAUAAACCAAGUAUUAUUAUGUUUAAGGCAGGGGAAGGAAGAAAUUAUGCAAGACUAGAUUGAAAACAUGUAUUUCCCAAAUUAUCAAAUAUGUAUAUUCACCUUUUAUUAUAGUAAAUAUAUAAAGCCUGCAAAGUCUCUCGAAACUUCUCAGCUUAAAGUAUAGAAAGACUUUUCUCAGGAAGUGAAAGUCUGUGUGCUCUAGAUAUCAAGAGAUUGUUCUGAUGUGCAAAAAGCAAUUUAGGUCAACUCCUGGGGCAGGACCUGCAAUCAGGAGCUGUUCCUAGUGGCCCUGGAUGAAAUUCAUGUGAAAAUGUGUUCUCUUUCCUGCUGAAAAGGAAGGGCAACCAUUUCUAUGUAACUUGAUCUGGACAGUGAGGACUUGAGAGCUGUGGAGAGUUAUGCAGUGAAAAGGAUCAUGAAUGAGGCUUUCCACCCCCUUUUUUCUCUUUGUGGGAGAGCAAUGGGAUCGUGAUCCCGUCAAAGUCAUGGCUGUGUGUGCAGCAAAAGGAAGCCACAAACCCAAGGCCACGCCAUACAAAUGCUGGCAGUGUAAUUGUGUUGGUAAAAUGUGACCAUGUUAGCACCACUUAACUGGGCAAAGAGUCACUUCUGCUGAUGGGUUGUUAAUUGUGGGCUGCACUGAUCCCCUUACCGUGAUGUUCAACUGCAGCAUUGACAAGGUUUCUUCUGGGGUUGCUCCACCAGUAAAGCCUUUUAGAGCCCAAUCAAAUCCUGAGGAGCCAAAAGGAGGAAUAAUGGGGAACAGUGUCUUCGGAAACUGCCUGUUCCUCUUAGAAACACUCUGCCUUUGAGCCAUUUCUAUGAAGAAUGUUGAGAUGAAGCCAUUGUCUGUGCUUCAGAGCAUAGCUGAGGUCAGGAAGAGGAGUAUGGAGCCACCAGGGGGGUGAAGUCUAGGGACAGUUGUAAUUAGUGCUGAAAAUUACACAAGAAGACAGAAGGGAAGGAGCAAGUGGCAGAUAAUUGAACCUUUGGGGAGCCUACAGAGAAACAAUGUUGGCAUGGAGUUAAAAAUGAUUUACAGAACGGAGAAACAGUUGAUAGAUAACUAGAAGCAAAAGCAUAACAAGAAGAGGCAGAGAUGCUCAGAGAUGGAUCUAGGGAGUUAAGUGCUGCAUUUGUAUCAAAGGCUGCUUUUACCAUGAGGAAGCAUAGCCAAAAUAGAAAACAAACAGCAGCUCAAACAAAGCCAAAAAAUAUUCCAGUUGGCUCCUCUGGCAAAGAGUGUUUCUUUGAAGUGAGUAUUCAGGGCGGGCUGGGAGAGAUGUGCCAGCAGCAGGGUCCAAUAUUCAAGGAUGGUCCAUCUGGCAGGCAGCAGUGUCAGCUCCCUGUCCAGUCACCUCCACACCCCGCAGGCCCUGCUCCUGCAGCAGCUCCGGCUCACCUGGAACAGCUCAGCUGCUCCUGUCCCUCUCCAGCUCACCUGGAACAGCUCGGCUGCCCCUGUCCCCCUCCAGCUCCCCUGGAACAGCUCAGCUGCUCCUGCCCCCCUCCAGCUCACCUGGAACAGCUCGGCUGCUCCUGUCCCUCUCCAGCUCACCUGGAACAGCUCGGCUGCUCCUGUCCCUCUCCAGCUCACCUGGAACAGCUCGGCUGCUCCUGUCCCUCUCCAGCUCACCUGGAACAGCUCAGCUGCUCCUGUCCCUCUCCAGCUCCCCUGGACCAGCUCGGCUGCUCCUGUCCCUGCUGGGCUGGCCCAGCACGUGCUGCCACACUGCACUGAGGAUGAGAGCAGCGAAGGUCGGGGCACGCGCUCCCGGGACUUGGGAUGCCUGAGAAUUUGAGGCUGUAAGACUGUUAGCAGACUUGAGAUGAAAACAGUUAUGUGGUUUUAAACAUCACUGCCAGAAUCUUACUCCUGGACAUCUGUUCUUUCUGCAUUGAAUAAGUGGUCCAAAAUAAGUAUUUGAAGUACAACGCAGAGCUAUUCAAGUUUAUGACUUCACUUUUUAUUACGCAUUCAGAUUAAUUUUGUUCCUUAAUACUGUUCUGUUGUAGCUAUAUUUUAACAGAUAGUACCACGCCAUAGUCAUUUCCUUAAACCUUUUCUUCAGAGACAACAGCUUUUCUGUAUCACAGCACAGUUAUAUCAGGAAAAAGUUUGUUUCUUUAGAAGUUGACAAGGCUACUGUUAGCCUCACUUUUCCCUUCCCUCCAUUUUAGUACAAUGUCCACUAGAGAAAAAUGUGAUUACUUAUUUUAAUAUGCAAUGAAGUGCAGUUGUUAUUUUUCAAGCAUAAGGCUGUUCAUUUAAGAAAUGCAGACAACUUUCUGCUAAGAACAUUGUUCAAUUUUCAUUUUUUAAACGGUAAACAAAGUUUAAUUUAGAUCUGUAUUUAUUACACACUUUUUCUUAGUAUUUUCUGUCUUUUUUGGAACAAAUAUAGAAACUUUAUUUCUCUCAUGCUGGAUAAACCUGAAACCAACACACCACCAAAAAAUUCUUAAUAGUAUCAUGCCCUCAUGAGAGUCCUGCCUUGUAAUGAUUAAAUGAUUCCCCUUUUUAGUUGUGUGGGUACUGGUGCUGUCUGGCUGUUGGCAGCUCUUUCUGUGUACACGGGAGGAACUCUCCCCGUUAUUCAAGCUCAGAUGUUGGAUGUGUCUCUACAGCCUCAGAUGGGGCAGGAAGGAGGAACAGCAGCCUUGCAUCCUCCAAAGCUGCACAAUGGAUCUCGUCCCAGGGAGGCUGAGGAAGUGCAAGGACAGAGCCCUCGCCAGGCUCCCCCACCAUGGGCUUGUUUCCAGCUUGAGAAACUCAUUGCAGCUCUGCAGGGGGCUACAACCCCUCCAGCUGUGCAUUCCCUGAGCAAGAGAAACCUCCCCAGCACAGAGCUGAAGGGAGAUGGCUCUGAAACCAUUGUGAGAUUUCAUGUAAAGGAAUCCUCUCAUGCUGUGACAGGUGCCAGCAGCCUCCCUGGGUGCUGCCUGGAUGCUGGGACGUGCUGAUCAGCACUUGGUGCCCGGGAUGAGGGACGCUGCUCCAGGUCCCCAACCAGUGCUGGCACUCUGCCAGUGCCAGCCUGUCCCUGCUGGGACUCACACCCUGCCCCGUGUCCCUCAGUGUCAUUUCAAAGGCUUUUGGGACAUUUUUUAAAGCUAAAGGACAGCAAGCCUUUUGUGCAGCCUCACACGUAGGAAGGCUGCCUCUAAAUAGGGGUCUCAAAAAAAAAGAGUAUCAUCAUUUCAUUGAUAUUAAAAACCAACUUCAGCCUGAGAGUUUCUGUUCAUAGACCCACACAGCACAGGAACUACAUCUGUGCAGGAGUGGAGCUGUGAAGGAAAACAGUUGCCACCACUGACCCAACACCCCCAUCACACAUUUUUGGGAAGGGGUAGCUCUGGACUAGCUCCACAGCUGGAUACACGAUGUACAUUCCAGAUGUAAUCUCCCAUUUUCCUUCACCGAAGAGGAAUCCAAUUUGCAGCCUCCAAGACUUGGUGAUGUGAAUGAGACCAACAGCACGGGAAGAACUCUGAGAAGUCGCUUCAAAAGUGUGCUUGAGACUGUAAUGAAGCAGCAGUUUCACCCGGGGAAGGUCGUGGUGUUCCUGUAAGCCUCUGCCAUCCUCCCUCAGAGGGGUCUGGCGAUGUAACAUCGCAUCUGCUCAGCUGCUUCAGAAAGCAGGCUGGGAGGCUUCCCCAGCUCUCCUCACCGAGCAAGGCACUUCCAACUACAUACACCUGUUGCACCAGGUGAAAGACACUUUAAAAUGGGUUCAGCUGUGUGUAUAACAGCGUGAUUUUGAAUCGCCCGCUCUCGUUUUGCUCCCCUCUCUGCAGAGGAGUUGCCCUCUCCGGGGGGAUGCACCCACGCUGCUGCUGGCGC